CCACAUCCACAACCACCUCCACAACCACCUCCACCUCCACAUCCACCAAGAGCAUGGCUCCGUCUGAUGAAGAGACUUUAAUCCGAGACAUAUGGGCAGGGAGGAGGAAGGAGACGCUGUGGGCCAAGUAUGGCCCAUACAAGGUCUACAGUGAAGAUCUUUUGGUCUUGGCCCCGGGAAAGGAGUUGGAGGGAGAAAUUGUGAAUGCCUAUCUGUCGUGGAUUGGGGCCAAAGCUGGGGUAUUCAUUUUUGAUUCGUAUUUGAUGACUUCCCUCUGGCAAGGAACCCACAAGGGAGGGUUAAGAAAGUUGGACUUGUCAAAACAUGAGGUGGCAGCCGGAGCUGUCUGUGACGGGGCACACUGGACCCUCAUUAUCAUGUAUCUGAACGAGAACCGGUCACUGUUCUUGGACCCAUUCGGGGCCAAGGAAAAGCAGUUAAGCCGAUGCAAAGAUUUAUCAAGAUCGCUGGUCCGGAAAAAAAGACCUUCGGUUGGGAGAUGGGCCUGCUCAACCCUCACUCACCCUAUCCAGCAGGAUUCCACUUCAUGUGGUGUGUUCAUUUGCAAGCUUGCAGAGCAAAUACUGCUCAAAGAAAAGGUCCAGUACCCAGUGGACCUGGAAGGAGUGGCCUCAAUGAGGUUCCAGAUGGCAAUGGCUCUUGUGAAAAACUCAGAUGACCUAUCCCAGCUGUGUCGGGCCUGUGGGGAACGUAACUCAGGGCCUAAGGUUGACCAAUGGGUAAGAAGUUGUAUUAAUUUCCAGACCAACAUUUGUCUGGAAGACUGGGAUACACCAUGGAUUGGUUACCUCUACAUCACUGGGUGAACACUCACUAUAACAGGUAUUGAAAAUGUUUACGUUAAUUCACCAAACUUGCAUGCCUUUGCACUAUGGGAGGACACUGGAGCAGUUGAAGAAACUUCUGAGCACGGACUCUAAACAGAAAGGAUAACAGCUAAGAUCCCAACCUAUACAUUGCUUGUUUAAUUAAAUGUAAACAACUUUAUUACUGCUUACUCUGGAUGAGUGAUGUUAACCUUAAAAAAAAGGUUUGUCAAUAUUCUAACAUGUGUUUUUUCUGUUUCUUUUAAGAUUGAGUGCACUGGGUGCACUCUGUGGUACCACAUGAUAUG